GGAAAGGGAAAGGGAAAAAUGGCGACUGUGUUGUGAGGAUAAAUUUAUCUUUCCCAAUUUCUGAUUUGAAGUUCGCCUGGUUCAAUCUGUAAGACAGGUGUCAUUCUUUCUAUAUUUUUAAAAGCGCGAAGUUUAACUACGUUUCAGCUGCAUGGUUACAGUAUAAUGUUGCUGAAUACAAAUUGUCACUGCUAUUGUGAAAGAUUGUGAUGAAGUGUAGACUUAAUUCUUGAAAAUAUUAUCAGAAAGUCUACUUUUAGAAAUUUAGAAGAAGUUCUACUGAAGGACUGAAAGAUGGCCAAAGAAGAAGUAGAUGACCUGUUGCCUGACAAGGAUGCUGCCAAGGAAUUUUAUGCUCGAUAUGAACCCAAGGAGAUUCUAGGAAGGGGAAUAAGCUCAACAGUACGUCGCUGCAUUGAAAAAGAGACAGGGAUUGAAUUUGCAGCCAAAAUUAUUGAUUUGAGUAAUGAUUCACAUGAUGGUGGUGGCGAUGGGAAAACCAUGCUUGAAGCAACUAUAGAGGAAGUGAAGAUUCUUCGAUUAGUUGCUGGGCAUCCUUAUAUCAUUGAAAUGCAUGAUGUCUUUGAGUCAAGUACUUUUAUAUUCCUAGUAUUUGAGCUAUGUAAAAAUGGAGAAUUGUUUGACUACCUGACAACUGUUGUCACCCUAUCUGAAAAGAAAACUAGAUAUAUUAUGAGACAGCUUUUUGAAGCUUUAAAAUAUGUCCAUUGUAAGAACAUAGUCCACCGUGACCUCAAGCCCGAAAAUAUCCUCCUAGAUGACAAUUUAAAUAUUAAACUGACUGACUUUGGAUUCGCUCGUGUAUUACAACCUGGCCAGAAACUGACAGAGCUUUGUGGCACCCCGGGAUACGUCUCUCCUGAAAUGCUCAUGACUGCUAUGUGUGAUAAUGAAGAAGAUGCAGAAGGUUAUGACUUGCCAGUUGAUAUGUGGGCUUGUGGUGUAAUAAUGUACACUUUACUUGUGGGUUGUCCACCAUUUUGGCACCGAAAACAGAUGGUUAUGCUGAGAAAUAUCAUGGAAGGAAAUUAUUCUUUUACAUCUCCAGAAUGGGCUGAUAUUUCUGAACCUCCAAAAGAUCUUAUAAGAAAGCUAUUAGUUGUUGAUCCAAAGAAACGAAUCACUAUAGAUGAAGCCCUCGAACACCCCUUCUUCAAUAUUAUGCUGUGGGACCAGGACAUCGCUCCACUCAAGCGCAGUCUCUCCGUCUCUUCACGUCGUCUUAGUCGCAUCUCCGAGAUGGCUUUGGCUUUGAAAGCAUGUGCUUUCAAUGCAAGGAAGAAGUUUCAGUUUGCUAUUCUAGUAGUCCGGGCUACAAUAAGAAUCAAGAGGUUGCGGUUCACUCCUGAACCACUUUCAGUUGGUGUUGCUAGGGUGGAUCCAUAUCGCAUCAAAAUCCUACGAAAGGUUAUUGAUGGCUGUGCAUUCCGUGUGUAUGGCCACUGGGUUAAAAAGGGUGAAGGCCAGAACCGAGCAGCACUCUUUGAGAAUACCCCAAAGACUGAGUUGAAGCACAUGUACGUAAGUCAUCUUAGUCGAUAAUAGGCAAUAAUGAAUUCAAUGUUAUUUGCCAAGCUUCUGACCUGUAUCAUAGUACAGUGGUUAGUUUAGAAUAAUGACUGUGUUGGUAUUGCAUCAACUGUGAUCAGUGGCAGGAUUUUCAUUCCAGCCUAAUAUUUGAUUAUUACGUUUGCUGUUUUGAUCUAACUUGAAUCGUUCAUAAGCCCCUCUGAAAUGUAUGCAUAUAAUCUAAUCUGAAUUGGUAUACCAGAAUUUCCCUAAGAGAUGCAUUUUUGUAAAAAGCAGUUCGUGACUUGCUAACUUCAUCAGUUCUGCACUUAACCAAUGCUAAAUCUGCAAAUCUUUUGCAGAGUAUCAAGUUUAACAGUUUUUGUUGUCUUCUAGGGAAGCUUACUUAAUUUGAUAUUAUUUUGUGUCUGAAUUGCUUAUUUUGAGAAAUGUAACCUCGGUCGACUUUGCCAAUCAGAGUAAAACAUUAUUUGGUGCCGUGCUUUGACUUUCAAUGGUGCUUGCACCUACUUAGCUCUCUUAAAGCAAACAUAACAUUAGUUGUGUCUGUGGUAUUGAUCAGUGGUGCUGUUCUUAAUGAUGAAAAAAAAACAACAAAAAAACAAACAACCCAGUAAAAUCCUCCCUUUAUUUCCAGACUUAUUUUUAUCACAAUUUGUAGUUAGAUAAUGGUAAUAGUCGUAAUGUUAUUCUGUGAAAACCAAACCCUCCUCAUAUGCCAAAAUUUCCUGUUGUCAUGAAUGAACAAAUGUUAUCAGACCCAAGUAUUUCACCCUGUAAUAUGUAUAUUGCUUAGAAUGAACAAAAUGCCUCCCUGAAACUACCUUUUUAAAGAGAGCUUUCAUUUGGUUAUAAUAUUUUCUCUCUUAACAAAUUUAAUUCUUCUAAAAUCAACAAAUAUUAUCAGCAAUUGUUUUAAUUUCUUUAAUUUGAUGUAAUUUUUGUUGCUUUUGCUUGAAACCAAAUAUUGACUAAAUGCUAGAGUAAGCCCUGGGUUUUUGUAGGAUCUUAAGAAAUCAGUAAACAACUUAACAUCUCAGGGUUGCUUAGAGAGACCUGUACAAAUGCAUCAGUGUGUAUCAGCUCUCAUUCAGUUGCUCACCUGAAUAAGUUAACAUGGUGCUAAAUGGUCCAUGCUGCUGUAUGUGCUGUUCUGGUUCCGUUUGACCAUAUCUAUCAUACUGGCAGAUAUUAGUAACACAGUUCCUGUAGUUUUGAUUAGGAUUUUGGUGCAGAUGCUGAAUGUCAUGGUACUAUUGCUAUUCUGUCAUCGAUCUCACUCACAUAUUUUUAGAAAAAGCCUUCCAUGCACUAUAGCCUUCAAUUUAAUUAUUGUAAUAACUUAAUUCUUUCUUCAUUUUUUCUCUCACUUUGCUCUAUUAUUUCCAAUUUUUUGUAAGGUUCUUUCAAAAUUAUUUUUUUCUGGAUGGACUUUUAUUGUGACAUCAGCAUCAGCCUAUUUUGUUCCAGAAUUUAGAAAUAUUUUCUUCUGUGGGUGUACUUUAAUUUGGGAAUUUGUAGAGUAUUUUAAGAAGUUCUCCUCCUUUUAGUUUUAAUUGUCGAGCCUGACCUGUUAGAGCACUCUCAAUUAUUUUCUGAGGCUUGUGUCUAACUAGAUUGUGAAUUUGGCUAUUAUUUGGUAUAUUCAUGCAUAUUUCAUAUCAUGCCCACAUGGCUAUUACAUUUGUUUUGUACAAAUCAAAUUAACAAGAUCAUGUUUGGAUUCUGAAUAAUAGCUUAUAAAUUCUACUUCUCUUAGAAAAUUUGCUGACUUGCCACCCCACUAAUAUAAUCCCCCCCCCCCCCUCUCAAUAGUUGGUUCAUUUUUCAAUACCCCAAGAACUGAAACCAUAUGGCGUUGAGUGUGUCGCACGACCCUUGCAGUUUGAAGUAGUGUAAAUAAGAAAGAAUAAAAGCUAAUGUUCUGUUAUAUUUUUGGAUAAACAAAUUUUAUUUGUAAAAGUCCUUCCAGCUAGGGGGCACCUUGCAGUGUAAUAACGUUUUGUGAUUGUUGAUAUUGUUAAUAAAGAGUGUUUUCGAA